UUACUAAUAGCUUUUGGAUUAAUUAUUAUUAAAGUUAUGGUUUUGUGCUUUCUAUGUUUAUGUGUUCAGAUUGUUACUGGUGUUGUGUUAUCAUUUUUGUAUGUUGUUGGAUUUAUUUUAUAUUUAUUAGUAAUGGGUGAAGCUUUUACUGGAUAUAUUUUACCAUGGCAUCAAAUAGGAUUUUCUGUUACUGGUAUGACAUUAAUGCGUUUAUUGUCUGUGCAUGUAUGUUUGGGGCUUGUUAUAAUAAUGUUAGUGAUUGUUUAUUUGUUAUAUCUUCAUAAGGAUGGCAGAAGUAAUCCCUUAUAUAGUUACAAAAGGUUAUCUAAUGUAGUUUAUUUUCACUCAUGUUUUACGGUGAAGGAUUUAUUUUUAUUUGUGUGUAUUCAAACAGGAGUAUCUAAGAUUGGCGGAUUGAUGCUGGUUUUGUGUUUCUCAGUGUUUUUUUGCGUUCCUAGAAGAAAAAUGUCUAGUGUAUAG